UUCGUGCUCAUGUGGCAGAUCUUUUGUAAACACCGCAAGUGAUGUCGGGAUCGGCAGAUUGACGGACUUUCGUUUCAUUUCGAGUCGAUUGUCCUCGAUCGUGAUGUUUUUUAGGGCACAGGAUCAGUCACCGAGAUCAUUUCUUGCUCGUGGUGUUCGAUGCAGAUCGACCGAUUCUUUUUAAAGAACCGGUUCAGACGAACGAUUCGUUCUAGUAGUAACUUACUAGAUUUCUGAAGAUGUUCAGCGAACUAGGUUCAGCACGUCGAUAAACUGGAGCGACUUGUAAGAUUUAAUGUGCAAUAUCUCCAAAUCUAGUGUGUUUAGCUAGAAAGUGCGUGCCAUUAAAUGAUUCUGCUGAGACGUGAAAUCAGGUCAUUUCCUCAAUCUCAGGUCUAGUGGACUUGGUUUCUGCUAAAUCUGUGCAGGACAAAUAACACACAUGUUGAGAUUAAACCCCAUUUUCGAUACUCAGAAAGAUGUUGUGUCAAGCAUUUUGGCAAAGGAGGAAAGAGCGAAUAUAGGUGUUCUCGAGCCUCGCAUUCUGAGUGUGGAGAGAGAUGGAGGGGUCGUGUACUCUUGGAGAGGAGCAACAGGAACUACAAGAAUUGGGAAGUACGAUCCUCACAGCACAGAAAAUAAGCUGCUCUACACUUUUGAAAAGCAAGAGUGUGUCAGCAGCUGCUCUUUAAAUAAAGAAGAAACACUCCUAGCGGUCAGUCUAUCUCAGUCCACACAGGGAGAAGGCCGCUUUAAACCAGUGUCAAAAUGUUUAACUCUUCUCAUUGAGAUACACCCAAUCAACAACACAAAGGUCCUGAAGGCGGUGGACUGCAAAGUCAAAGUGCAGUUUCUUUAUCCUAAGACAUGUCGGCCCACCGUACUGGAGAGUCAUUUGCUGUUGGCGGCAGAGGAUGGCUAUGUUGACCAGUACCACAUUACUCUGACGAGGCAGGAGGGCUACAGAGUGGUGAUGCAGAAUCCUGAGCGUCUGAGCAGAGAGAGAGUUGCAGAGGACUUCAGCUGGGUCCAGUGGGACUCGGAUACUCAGAGACUCUUCUACAUCACUGCACGGGAGAAACAUGCACUGAAGUGUGUGCAGUUUUACCCCGAUCGCAACUUUGAGACUGUGUUUGAGCUUCCACUGGAGAUGCCCAUUGUUUCUUCUGUCACUUCUUCUGUGAGGUUUGUUAAUUUUGGAUACGAUCACUAUCAGAACAUGAAGGACGAGGGUCUCAGGUUAGAGGUGUUCACCAGCCCAACAGAGAGAACCAUGUGUGUGUGCUACAGCCAUCCAGUUCACUGGCAUAAGGACGCCACCUACACUAUUGCAUUUGUGCACAGAGGUUGCAGUAAGACGUUCACUGUGUCUCUAGAGAAAGGCUCUGCACCUGCUAAUUUGCCAACCGUCCAUCCUGUCUUCAUUCAUAUGGAUUAUUAUAUAGUGGUGUACCUGGCUGAUCAUUUCCUGCACCUCAUCAACUGCAGACAACAAGACCUGCUCUGCUACAGUCUUUUCCUGUCAGGGGCAGAUGGUCACAUUGAAGACCUGGGUUCAGGCAGAGAAGUUGUGAGUGUGUCUGGAAGCAGGCUGCUUGAUGUCCAUGCCGGCAGGAUGUACACCAUGGAGCUCAAUCCGGACUUCCUGCUUGAGCUUCUCAGUUCAGACAGGCCAGAGGCCCAGCGGCUUGCUGCUCUGCACUGCAUGCUGGUCUACCUUCAGCCAAAUCCUGUGAUAGAGCUCAAGAUUAUAAACUGGAUCAGUGAGAAUGUCAUGAGCUUUGAUGCUUUUGAUCAGAUUCAGGAAUUUAUUCUAGCGACCCUGUACAGAAUAAGCUACCAGCAGUCUGUGAGCCUAGAUAAGUUGUUGCCGUACUCCUGUGUUUUCGAGAAAAAGGAGCUUCCUGUGGCUCUGACAGCAAUCCCUGGGGUGAAAUGCACUCCUGAACUGCUCUGUCAGCCAAUAAUUAAAGGGAAGCCUGAAGGGUUGUAGGGUUAUUGGGAGGAGCUCCAGCAUGUCUUGGACAGGAUGAGGUAUUUUGAGGCAGUACCGAGUCCACGCUUCAGGUCCAGUCUGCUUAAAGAGGACUGGGACAGAUUUCAGGCUGCUAUGAACUCAGAGAAGAAGAAAUCUCCCCGCUAUCAUCGCCAAAUUGAGGAGAACACAAAAAAAGUUCUGUCCAUGGUGGAUACUUGGCGUUUGGAUAAGCGUGUAGUUCCACUGUUUCAAGAGGAAGACCAACAGCAGAGGGUGCUGGUGGGCCUGAUGGUGGACAAACUCAGAGAGCACUUAAACAGACAUUUAUCGCGACUUGGGAAGAAAAAGAUUGAUUUGUUGGUGGUGAAUUAUGCUGCGAAGCUGCUGGAACUGGUCUGGCACGUGUUGGAGUUGAUGUGGCAGAAGCUGAAGUUGGGCCCCUGGGUGCUUUGCAUUACGCAGCAGGGUAGUUCAGAAGAGUGGGCGAUGUUUCAUGUGAUGUUUCGCAUUCUGGAAGCAACUAAAGGGCUCUGUCUCCCCCUCCCUCCAGGUUAUUCCACACUGUUAAGUGUGCUUGGAGUCCGAUGUCUCCCACAGCACACUUUUCUCCAGUAUGUGGACCAUGGCCUUCUUCAGCUCACAGAACCAUUUGUUUCACGACUUAUGACAGAUUUAGAUAACAGUGAUGCCAAUGAGCAGUUGAAGUUCAGUAUUCUGAAAAGGCUUCCUGAGCAUAUGGAGCAGAAAGUUAGCCAGCAGUGGGAUCACCCCAUAACUUCUGCAUGCAUCUCCAGAGAAUACGUCAGGACUCUGCUGGAAAUAAACUUAGAAAACACGGACUCUGCACUCUUGGACUAUGGCAGGUCAUGUUUCUAUCCUGAUUUCCUGCCCCUAAACUACCUCGCCAAGAUUCUCUCAAACAGGGAGGAACAAGCUCAGAACCCUUCUGAAGAGCAGGAGAAUGUGGAUGUCAGGUUUGUGGAGGAGAUGGCCUUAAAGCAGACACAGAUCAAGCUGGGCUUUGAAGUCAAGUAAAAAAAAGCCUGGUACAAACGUUAAAGUGGUAAAAAGGGAAACAUGGAAAACAUUCCGAGAAAUUAGGCGGAAAAAGUCCUCCUGACCAAAGAACAAAGCUUGAUAUAUUCAGGUUACUGUAGUAAUGUACAGAAGUUUCAAUGUCUUAGUAAAAACUGAAGCCCAAAAUCAUACGUUUGACCAAAGAUUAUUUGCCAGUUGUCAGUCUGCUCUUUAAAUAUCACAUUUUAGUAGAUGGACACAUACUGACUGUACUGAUGCCAAUACGUAUGGGGAAUAUUAUGCACUUUUCUAUACACACAGAUUCGAUGGAAGAGCACCAACAAAAAAGACACAUAAAGGGAUUUUCUUUCCCCCAGAUGUUAUUUGAGGUCAAAUGGGUACAUUUGUAAAUAUUUCAGAAAAAAGAAAUAAAAAAAUCAUAUAUUCUUUGUA